AUGUUCUAUUUGAGCCAGUUUGCCAACCUUUUUGUCACUUUAGCAACCUCUGUGAAUUUCUUCGUUUACUAUGCAAUCAGCUCGGAGUAUCGUAGAAUCUUCGACGAGCAUCUUGGGAUUGGUCGCCUGAAAAAACGUUUCUUCAGUGAUCGUGAACGCGUGGCUGUUCAGCAAGCUGCUAAGUCUCCCUCCUUUCGUUUAUCAUCUAAAGGAAAUGCGCUGAGCGAUGUAGUUACUUAA